AUGGCCCCUCAGCAGGAGAGCAACAAGGACGGCGGCGCUGCCACCACGCCGACGAUGGAGGAAGAAGAGGAGGACGAUGAGGAGCAUCAUCGUCAUGGCGAACGGCCGCUGCUCUCGGCGUGUGAGCAGGAGCAGGAGCAGCAGCAGGAUGCCGACAAGCCAUUGCCAUUGCCGGCGAAGAGGAGGAGGAGCAGCAGCAGCCUGAGCAGAUCAUCAAGAUCAGGCGAGCAGGGGUGGCAGGAGGAGGCGGCCGGGCCCGGCGCCGCCCGGUCGCUGUCCUUCUCCAGGCUCUUCAACAGCUUCAGGAUGGUCACCACCUCCUCCUCUACCUUGGACAUUGACGAGCUAGCUGCUGCUGAAGACGGCUGUGCAGAGCAACGGCAAUGGCCAUCGCAGUCCAAGCGGCAACAUCCGAAGCCACCGGUGUGCCGGACGCAGUCGAUGCCGAUGACGAGCAUCUCCAGGAGGCUCCCCGCUCAUGGCGGCAAGAAGCGGGUGGCGGACUCGAGCUCCUUGCGCCGGUUCCGGGUGUCGUCGGUGCAAUUGCCAUUGCCGGAGUCGGCGCCGCCACCCUCUUCGCCAUCGCCGUCGGAAGAAGGAGAGGAAGAGGAGGUGGGGGAGGAGGAGGCGGUGUGCCGGAUCUGCAUGGUGGCGCUUCUGGAGGAGGAAGAAGAAGGAGCAGGCGACGGCGUGCUGAAGCUGGAGUGCCGGUGCAAGGGCGAGCUGGCGCUGGCUCACCGCCGCUGCGCCCUCAAGUGGUUCGGCAUCAAGGGCGACCCCAACUGCGACGUCUGCGGCCACGACGUCCUCAACCUCCCCGUCACCCUCCGCCGCGUCGCCGCCCCUCCCCCACCACCACCUCCUCCCCUCACCGCCGGCAAUGGCAAUGGCAGCACCAGCCAAGAGGAAGAACAAGAAGCAAGAGAGAGAAGAGGGUUGAGGGGCGUGUGGCGGCAUGGCACGGUGAUCCUGGUGACGGUGAGCAUGCUGGCCUACUUCUGCUUCCUGGAGCAGCUGCUGGUGGGCGACCACGGCAACGCGGCCGCCGCCCUCGCCGUCUCGGCGCCCUUCGCCGUCGUGCUCGGCACCUUCUCGGCGCUCACCACCGCCGGGAUGGCCUCGUCGAGAAGGUACGUGUGGGCAUACUCGGCGCUGCAGUUCCUGCUGGUCGUCCUCUUCACCCACCUCUUCUACCGCUACGUCAGGCUCCAGGCCGUCAUCGCCAUCAUCCUCUCCGCCUUCGCCGGCUUCGGCGUCGCCAUCUGCGCCAACGCCGUGCUCCUCCAGGCCGCCCGCUGGAGGGCCGCCGCCCGCCGCCCCCCGCCGCCGCCGUCGGACCCGGAUCACCUCCAUCAGACCCCUCAGCCAUAG